AUGUCCGCCCUUACCGAAGCCGUCCCGGCCGUCGCGCCGAGGGCGAAGCGAUCAUCCGCGGUCGCGCCGCCGCCCGCGCCCCUCGCGGGGAAGCGCGAGCGUCGUCCUCCGGCGAUGAAGGACUUCGACACGAGCGGCGUGGAGCAGCACGAGAGGAAGCCCUCGCGCAGGAGCGCGCCCGCGGAACCUCCGUCUUCCGACGGAUCCGCCGAGACGACCGCGGACCCCGCGCGGCAUCCGGCGCUCGCGGCGGGCGCGGAGAACGCCGCCGCGAGCGCGGGCGCGGAUACCGCCGGCCGCUCGAAGGCGAAGUCGACGAAGAAGAGCAACGCGAAGACGCCCACGACGGACGGCGACAUCGGGAACGACUCGAACGCGUCCAAAUCCGCGCCGAAGCCGGGGGCGAAAGCCGCGGCGUCCGCGAAGAAGCCCGCGAAGGCGACGGCCGCGGCGACCGACGACGCGCCGCGCAGCUCGCGACCGACGAACAACCAGCUCUUGUACCGCGCGCGAUUCAACUGGGAGCAUUACACCCACGCGCUCACCCCGGGCACGCGCGAGAAGCUUCCGGACAAGACGUUCGCGUGCGCGUCCGUCACGUCUGCGUUCCUUCAGGUUCUCAAGGCUAUCCACACCGCGGAGGUCAACCGCAAGCAAGGCGCGCGCAACAUCCUCAAGGCACUGUCCGUGAACACGCGCCGCACGAAGGUUGUCGCGCUCAGCACCGGGACGCACCGGGUCCCGGACGAGCUCCGAAGGCACCAGCUCGCGGACGACGACGGCAACGAGUACUCCACCAACCUCGACCGGAACCGAUACGGCAACGACGACCAGUACCUGUUCACGGUCAUCAAGUUCAACCUCGACGCGCUCGGGCUGUGCCCGCUCAUCUGCCAAGUGGAGAUCAUCGACGCGAAGGCUCCCAAGUCGGAGGAGUGCCUCGUCGUGAAGGUUCCGGACGAGGGAUGCGCGUGCCACGGCGGCGCCAACGCCGCGAGCGCGAUGCGCGUCGUCGUCGGCGGCUCGGGGGGAUCCCGGAAGUCUCUGGACGGCAGCGGGAAGCUCGAGCGCGUGUCGAUCGGUCACACCCCGGGGAAGGAGUCCAAAGGGACGCCGUGGCGGGUCCCGUCGACGCCGAUGUCGCCGCUGAAGCGCGUCGCGAGCGCGGGGGACGCCGGCGGGAUGGGCGUGCUCCUCGACGCGCUCACGCAAGUCGGCGGGAUGCCGCCGCCGAGCCCGCUGCAUCUUCGCUCGCCGACGCACAACGCGCGGCGCGCGUCGUUCUUGAGCGGCGGCGCGAUGGCGGCCGCGAGCCCUUCGAUGCGUCCGGCCGCGGCGGCGAUGAGCGCGCUCGUGAACUCGGCGCCGCCGUCGGCGGAGCGCGGCGCCGGCGCCGGCGUCGACGUCGACGCGGCGGCGGCGGCGGCGGCGCACAUGGCGCAGUACUUUAGCGCGUUCGGCGGCGCGCUCGGGACCCCGGCGCAGUCGCAGCUGUUCGCGAUGCACCAGCACAUGCAGAUGAACGACGCGCAGCAGGCGCUGUUCCAGUCCCCGGCGCCGAUGAACCCGCACGCGGCGGCGGCGGCGGCGGCGGCGGCGAUGGCGGGCGGGUUCGCCCCCGUCGCGGCGCCGGGCGCGGUUCCCCCUCGCGGCGGCGACUUCGACGGCAGCGCGGCGAUGGAGAACGCGCUGGAGAUUGUCUCCGCGGAGGCGGCGACCGCGAAGGCGAACGAAGCGCGCGCGUCCGCAAAGCUCGCGCUGCUCGAGGCGAAGGUGACGAAGCUCGAGGCGGACGCCGCCGCCGCGGCGGCGGUCGCCGCCGGCGCCGCCUCCGUGGAGGAGAUCGCGCGAGCCGCGGAGGCGUCCGGCAAGGCGAUGACGGUCGCCGUGGAAGCGCGCUUGGUGUCCAUCGUCGAGGAGGUGGCCGCGUUCGGCGCGCGCGCGAUCGCGGCGGAGACGGCCGCCACCGCGGGCUCCGCGGGCGUCGACGCCGUCGCCGCGUUGUACGUCGCCGAGGCCAAGGCGCACGCGGUGUCGCUCGGGAAGCUCGCGCGGCUCGAGGCGCAGGCGGCGGCGCGCGGGGACGCCGUCGACGGCGUCGGCGUCGGCGUCGAAACCGAAAGCCCAACCAACGUGGGCGCCGGCGUCGAUGCCGGCGUCGGCGCCGUCGCGGACGCGGCGGCCGUCGAGGAGAAGGGCGAGGAGAUGAACGCCGCGCCCUCGAACGCGGACACGGACGCGGAGAAGCCCGCGAGCCCGAGCGCGGUGGUCGCCAUCGCGACCGAGGCGGCGGCGGCGGCGACGAGCGACCGCGAGAAGCGCGCGCGCGAGGAGGACGACCGCGCGUUCGCGUUCGAGCCCCCUCCGGCGAAGCGACCGGCGAAGGUGGCCGGGUUCGCGGUGAACUCCGCGGCGGCGGCGGCGGCGGCGGCGGCGGGCGGGUACGCGCCGCCGACGACGCCGGCGCUGACGAACCAAAACGGGGCUCGGGACGAACUGCUUUCGCCGCCGGCGAGCGACCCCGCGCAGGCGCUGACGUACGCCGCGGCGUGAGGGCAGGCCGACCGACCUUUUCAUAGCACCGCAUCGCAUCCAUCGGGUAGCACCGCUCGCCGUGGACUCGCCAGCGCGUCGGGUCGAAACGGGGAGCAUUGACACAUACUCCGUACUUCCGGAAGUACGGUGAAGAAGUCGAACGCGGGCUCGGAACGAGCAGAGCGUUCGUCGUUUACGUAUAUUUCAUCACGUUGUCUUAAUAUGAUUUGAAGAAAAUGCAUCUC